AUGCAAGACUCAGAGAAAGUAAAUUCAGCUUUCCAAGCUACAAAUGCUGAUCCUGCUAAAGUUUUUGAGGAUCUACGUCAGCUGCACAAAUCACUCCUGAUAAGAGUAUAUGUAGGAGGAUCAUCAGAAUCAAAUGUACUGCCACUAGAAAAGAUAGACUCUGGAGUAAAAUUCGAGCAGAAAGUUAAGAAGGCACAGCUAUGCCAAGAAGACAUACAUACCAUGAAAACAAGAUGUAAAGAUUUUUCGAUAGAAGCUAAUGCACAGUUGGAAAAAAGGCAACCUCCAAAAGACUUCCAGCAGCCUUCAAAAGACUUCCAGCAACCUUCAAAAGACCUCCAGCAGUCUCCAAAAGACUUCCAGCAGCCUCCGAGAGACUUCCAGCAACCUUCAAAAGCCUUCCAGCAGUCUCCAAAAGCCUUCCAGCCGCAUUCAAAAGACUUCCAGCCGCAUUCAAAAGACUUCCAGCAGCCUCCAAGAGAAUUCCAGCAACCUUCAAAAGACCUCCAGCAGUCUCCAAAAGACUUCCAGCCACCUUCAAAAGACUUCCAGCAGCCUCCGAGAGACUCCCAGCAACCUUCAAAAGACUUCCAGCAGUCUCCAAAAGACUUCCAGCCGCCUUCAAAAGACUUCCAGCAGCCUCCGAGAGACUUCAAACAACCUUCAAAAGACUUCCAGCAGUCUCCAAAAGACUUCCAGCCGCCUUCAAAAGACUUCCAGCCGCCUUCAAAAGACUUCCAGCAACCUUCAAAAGACUUCCAGCUGCCUUCAAAAGACUUCCAUCAGCCUCCGAGAGACUUCCAGCAACCUUCAAAAGACUUCCAGCAGUCUCCAAAAGACUUCCAGCCGCCUUCAAAAGACUUCCAGCAGCCUCUGAGAGACUUCAAACAACCUUCAAAAGACUUCCAGCAGUCUCCAAAAGACUUCCAGCCGCCUUCAAAAGAUUUCCAGCAACCUUCAAAAGACUUCCAGCAGUCUCCAAAAGACUUCCAGCUGCCUUCAAAAGACUUCCAUCAGCCUCAGAGAGACUUCCAGCAACCUUCAAAAGACUUCCAGCAGUCUCCAAAAGAAUUCCAGCUUCCUUCAAAAGACUUCCAGCAACCUUCAAAAGACCUCCAGCAGUCUCCAAAAGACUUCCAGCCACCUUCAAAAGACUUCCAGCAGCCUCCGAGAGACUUCCAGCAACCUUCAAAAGACUUCCAGCCGCAUUCAAAAGACUUCCAGCAACCUUCAAAAGACCUCCAGCAGUCUCUAAAAGACUUCCAGCCACCUUCAAAAGACUUCUAG